AUGCUUUCACCAAGGCCACCGCAAGUCGCACUGCCCACCUCCACAAUCACGAUCAAGCCGCAUGACGAUGAAACAGCGCCGAACCUCCCCAAUCUUCGUAUUCAAGUGUUUCCACAGGGGCUCGUCGUCAACUCACCCCCGCUCUCAUCUCGUCCUGACACUAAAGCCCUCGCACAUGCCCUCAAGGUGUUCGUCCCGCUCAACGGCAAACUUCAUAUCAAGAUCAGCCUCGAUCUAUGCAGUCUUGUUGUCUCCGUGACAGUUGGACUCGAACGCAUCACUCGGUGUCCCGAACCUCGCAUCUCUGCGUCUGAAGAGGACGAUGUCGAUCUACAUUACCGCGUCUUGCCCAAAGCUGCCCUGCCGGAGCACGAGUGGUUCAAACAGCAGAUGGUUGCAUCUCAAGAACCGUACAUCCAUCUCAAAGAGAUACGCCUCCGUAUGUCCUGGUCGAAAGCACCCAACGGCGCUCCGAGGGGAAGUGCCGCUAUCGAUCACCCCGGAUCUUAUCUCGACGCGGUCCACCGUCAACUACGGUGCGGGAUGAGACGCACGUUGCGCCUCCAAUUCAUCCAUCUCCGCUCUUUUGUCUCGCUCGCCGCCCAGCACGACACGCCACUGUUAACAGCAACUCGCGAUCUAUUGGACGAUAUUGAAGAGACACAAGACAUGAUGCUACGCCGUCAAGUCGAGGCAUCAGUGAAAGUGGCCCCGAAACGUGGUCCAAAGAAACGAAAGGUUGAAUGGAGCACCUCCGAUGCCGGUGACGACGGUCACAUGGACAUCGUCGCCAAUCAUCUACGGAGGCUUGGCCGUCGUGAUGAUGCCUUGGCGGAGAGCUCGAUCAGUCGUGCGCUCAUGACGAUUGGGGUGUCAGAGUGGUCCUGCGUCAGGAGAGGGCAGAGUAAGGCCGGUGCUGGCCGUAUAAUUCUGGAAAAUACGCCUGUGCCUAACACCAACCCCUAUGACGAUAUCCGAAACCACACUGGAGAGUCACGAGUGCCAAGUCCUCUGCACGACAACAAAUAUAAACCGGCCCUAAUCCCGACCCAUGCUUUUGGCUUGACUGUUCCAACCUACCAACACCAAAAUCACCCCAGCGAUCGCUACGAGUCUGCCAUGUGCGAGCCACAACGAAACACUUAUCCGUUCUCCGACCUCCUUCCCCUCAGCCCCGUCAGCAGGGCCUCUCUGCCCCCUCCAGCGCCGCGAUCAAGAUGCGUCCAGCUGCCCGUCCUUGACGAUGAUCUCGACUUUGAGUACGACUCACCGGAAGCCGAGUGUGCUUCCUCCAUGGGGCACAUCUACAUCGAGGACUGGUCCUCCUCGCUCUCCUCCCACGAUGAGACUGAGGAGCUCAGCGCUGGGCUGAGCGCUGUCGAGCUUGAUUUCGAGACCUCUUCCGUGUCAAAUGCCCUCUGCCUCGACUUGCACGCCGGGAGCAGCACAUUUGCGUUCGACAGCGCCUCCGACGAUUUCAGUGACAUUGGGAGCGGAUCAGGACAGCCUUAUGUCUCCGUCCCAGUGGCCUUGCCGAUGCAACCCUUCUCGCCGACGCCAACACACCUGCUCGGUGACAGCGAGCUUUCAGACGAUCUCAGUCAGCUGACCGUUGACUCCGAUGCUCCUGAGUCGUCGCGCCGGAGACGAGGACGAGACGGCAGCGCCGUGCCCAGAGUGAUGUCGGGCCCCUGCAUCAGUGUCAUGGACGAGUAUCGGAUAAAGCAGCCUCUCGAGACGACACCAGCAUUCCCGGCACCGUUCCAACGGAGCCUCAGCGACGGUCAUUCGACGGAUGAAUGGGCCUCCGACUGGGACAUUGACAUGUCUCCUGCCCCUUUCGAAGAUGACCUCGCUGACGAGUCUGACGCCACCGAACGAGACGAGCUGUCACCACCUGGCCUGGACGAGGACAGUGACCUGGAGUCUGACGGGCCCUCAAUCGAUUCGCCGCAAGAGUCUGGUGUGCUCAUGAGUGGGGUAGACCCCCGAUCAAAACAUCAAGGCUCCGAGCCGUCGCAAUUCACCCAGAUCGUGGACGACCUCGACUUUGACGACGAGGUGCUAGUAACCCCUAUGGAGGAGGACACGCCGUACUCCCUUACCCCUGUGGCUGUUUAG